AUGUGUUCCAAUGGAGUGUACCAAUUAAAAAAAAUCCUCCUCAAGUACAGUGAAACGGGCCAUAGCAGCAGGAAUGUUCGAUUUUUUUUAAGGUUCAUUUUACCAGAUUAUAGGGAUGAAAACAAACACUUAAAUUUUGAAAUACAACAUGAACAGUAUGAAGAGCCAACGGCCAUAUUUGAAUAUAUAAAUAAUAGCAGGUACGAAAUAUCAUUGAAAGACAUCAAAUCGAAACAUAUUGUCGAUGUGAUUAAUUUGUAUAAGGAUAGUGCGGGGAAUUCUGACUAUUUGAAGCACGGGGGGCCCAGGGUGUAUUCGAACAAGAGGAGCAUCCAGAGAUAUUUAAAGAACAUUUUUUGCUAUCCGUUCAAGGACAGUGCACCAAACACAGGCGUGCAAAGUGAAGGGGGACACACAGCCGAAGCGCAUAUGAAUUCUUUUUACAAAUUUUAUAAGAAUUAG